AUGGCGUCGCUCGGGUUCAACGUUAUUCGCCUCAACUUCGCCACGUCGUGCAUUUCGCCGUCCAUUCGCCCGUCUGACGGAUCCAUCGACUUCAAGAAAAGCCCUGAACUCGAGGGUCUAUCGACUCUCGAGGUGAUGGAUGCGGUGAUUGCGGGCGCAAAGCUCCGCGGAAUCCGCGUGAUCCUCAGCAACUCGCGCGUCAGCCCCGCGCUUCCGCCCGACUACGCCUCGGACGCGGGGCUGUGGUUCGAUCUGGGGAACCCGGAGCGCGUGUGGCUCGACAACUGGAACUUGCUCGCGUCGCGCUACUACGGCGAGCGCACCGUGGUCGGCGUUGACCUGUUCAACGAGCCGCACCGCGACCCGUCGCAUCCAGACGUCACGUGGGAGGCGGACGGCGUGAAUGAGCCGUACAACUGGCGCACGGCCGCUAAGAGAGCCGCGGACGUGGUGCAGGCGGUGAACCCCGACCUGCUCAUCUUCGUGCAAGGCCUAGACGGAGACGACUGCUGGUGGGGAUCGAACCUGCGACCUGUCUAUUUCUACCCGCUCAAGCUCAACAUCCCUUACAAGCUCGCCUACUCCAUUCACGAUUACGGGCCCAUGGUCAAAGACGGGCAGCCAUGGCUGUACGACCCCGCGUUUCCCGCGAACCUGGAGGGGUACUGGGACGACCUGUGGGGGUAUGUGGUGGAUCAGGGCAUCGCGCCGGUUUGGGUGGGCGAGUGGGGGAGCCUGCUGCCCGUUGACGGCACGGACCAGCUGAGUCAACGCGAGAUGAAGUGGGUCGCCGCGCUAAGGAACUACAUCAGGAAGAAGCAGCUCUCGUGGACGUGGUUCACGUGGGGCCCCAACUCGAAGGACACGGGCGGCAUUCUGCAGGACGACUGGGACACAGCGGAGCAGGGCAAGCUGGAGGUCAUGGCGGAGGUCAUGCACGCCCGCUUCGGCCCCGCCAUCGGUGACCGCCCGCCCGUGCCGCCCCGCCACGGGCUGCUCAUGGUGUACGCGCCAGAGAACGCCACUGGGAUCAACACACCUGUUGCUGCACCCAAGCAGCGGCCAGGAUCAGACUCAUACUUCAAAGCGAGCUCACCUUUCGCCAGGGCCUCAUGGCUGCUCCUGGCAGUGGCUUCGAGUGCAUGUCCGCCGGGGUACUACCUGCGGGCGGCACCUGGGGAGGGCGUCACCUCGUGGCACAUCCACUUUCCGGGCGGCGGGUGGUGCGCCAACAAAAGACAGUGCCGCUGGCGGGCCGGGCGGCUGCUGGGCGGCACCACCCUGUGGCCGCCGACCAAUAACGCCUCGUGGGUGCAGGGCCGGUUUGGGGGCAUUCUGAGCAGCAACGAGGGGGCGAACCCGUUCUUUGCGGGGUGGCACCUGGCCAUGCCUGUCUACUGCGAUGGGGGCGGCUAUGCGGGGGCAGCCGGGCGCGUGGCCGUGGGGGAGGGGCGCUACGUGCACAUGGAUGGGAGCAGGAUCAUCAGCGCUAUCAUGGAUGCGAGAGGUUCUUUCUUUCUCCGUCCGUGCUUUUCAUGCCUCAUCUCUGCCUGCCCCUAUUCACGCCUCCUCUCCAUCCGUCCCUCCUCAUGCCUUUCCUCUCUCACCACUGCUCACCUCACCAGACCUGCUGGCGAACCGGGCAAUUUUGAGGGCGACCAGGGUGCGUCAGCGGGGGGGCUGGCCGUGAUGCGCAUGUGCGACUCCCUUGCUGCACUGCUGCCCCGCGCCACCGUCAAGUGCCUCCUCGAUGGCUCCUUCUUCCCCGGUACGCGCCCCUCCUCCUCCUUCCCCGGUACGAGCCCCUUUACUUUCUUCCCACUGAUAGGUGCCUUUUUCCCGGUGGGUGCCCCUUUUUCUCACCAUAACCUGCUUCCCACCACUUGCUUCCCCACUGAGCCCAUUCUCUCCGCCCUUCCCCUGUACUAUUCCACCUUCCCCCAUUCUCAACCCCAUUACCCCACUCUCUUCUUCCGUUCCCCACAUCCUCCCCUGUUUCCUAACUCUCUUCCUCCACUCCCACUCUCCCCAUCCCCCCCCACCAGACGCCCCGGACCGCACGGGGCGAAUGCACUUUCAGAGCCUGGCCCAGCAGGUCUCAGCGCUGCACCAGUUCUCCCCGCAGUCCCGCUGCGAUCAAGUGACCCCUGUGUCUGA